UUUAUCCAGCAGCCAGUUCUUUUUCAAACAUAGAAUAAAUCAAACAAAGUUACAUCAUAACAACACUAGGGAAUAAUCUCUCUACUUUCCUUCACGGCUUCAGCACAAUCAAAUUGGCUCAUGUAUUUAACUGGUGUGAAGCGAUAUCAGCAUGAAGAAAAAGAUAGAUAUGUCCUCAUCAAUUCUAUUCUUACAGCAACCAAUUAUUAUGAAGUAUUAGGAUUACAUGUUGAUUCAUCGUCUGAAGAAAUACGCAAAGCCUAUAUUGAAAAAAGCAGAGUCUGUCAUCCAGAUAAGUUCAUACCUCCUUAUCCGAAGGCUACAGAAUGCUUUCAAGUACUUUCAACGGCAUAUAAUACACUCAGUGAUUCAUCCAAAAGAUCAAGGUAUGAUGCAUAUCAGGAGAUGGGUAUGGUAUAUUGUAGUUCUUGCAUCGUAGAAGCGAAUAGUGUGGAUAUAUUGCAGGACGUUAUCAUACAAUUAUACAGCGAACUAACUCAGGGAGAAUUCCAAACAAUGCGUACCAUUAUACGGACGAUAAACGAGUCAAUUUCGUUUAUUUGCAUAAAUGAUACUAUGCUUACAGCUGUGGAGAAAAGCAUAACAAGCGUCAGAAAUCUGCUAUUGGCUUCAAGUAAAUAUCGUGAAAGUAUUCGGCACACGUUUUCACAUUUGCAUGAACUACAAAAUGAAUUGGAAAGUCUCCCUUAUUCUGAUGUUGUGCAUAGAAUGUCCGUGACAGUUGCUAUAAUUCGAGCUAUCUUAGAAGUUCCUACGUAUUGACAGGAGAUAGUCUCUAAAAGUUAAGCUCCAGCAGCUAUAGUUAAUUCUUUCUAGCGUAAUAAAGCGA